AUGGUCAUGCUAUUGACCAAGGCCAGAGAGAUAUCUGUCUCUCUGCUGGAGUCCACACUCCAUCUCUUGUCGAAGCAAAUUGAAAUGCCUAAACAGUCUCUUGUUUCCAAGGCAUUUCACAAAAAGAAGGUAGUUGUAUGCAAGGAGGAGCAAUUGCAGGAGCUAGGGUGCAGUAUCGGAGAUCUUGAGAGUGGAGCAGGACAUCUGUUCAGGAAAUUACUCCAAAGCAGAGUUUCUCUACUCAACAUUCUUAGCUCAUAG